CGACUGUCAAGCGGGGUCCGGGUUUAUUGUAAACAAAUUUCUUAGUUUGAAUACUCACCCAAUUCUCGCCAUGCUGUUUCGUGCAUUUCAUCGCAAACUCCACCGGACGUUGCGUCUGCUCGGGACGGACGCAAAACUCCCGCCCGUAGUUGGCACGGAAAAGGUGAAGGAACUGUUGGAAAAUGCGGCCACCUUCGACGAUAUUAAACCGUCCGGCGGGGGGACGGACAGCGAGUGGGCCACCCUUCCGUACGUGGCCGGCACGUACAUUAGCCGCGAUCAGUCGAAAAAAGCGAACCGACCAAAGAUUGACCCGCGGGAAACGAACGUCAUCCUCUUCCCGGGCCAGGGCACCCAGUACGUCGGCAUGGGCUCGAAGCUGCUCAAGUACCCUGGGGCGCGUGACAUUUUCGCCCUCGCCAACGAGGUGCUCGGGUACGAUCUGCUCAAGAUCUGCAUCGAGGGACCGAAGAGCAAGCUCGACCAAACGAAGUACUGCCAGCCGGCCGUCAUGGUAACGUCCCUAGCCGCGCUCGAACAGUUGCGCGAGGAGCGCCCGAACGCGAUCGAGAACUGCUUCGCGACGGCCGGCUUUAGCUUGGGCGAGCUGACCGCGCUCGUGUUUGCCGGUGCGAUACCCUUCGACAAGGGCCUGCGGUUGGUGCAGAUCCGGGCGGAAGCGAUGCAGCUCGCGAGCCAGCAGGCAAAGGGCGCAAUGGCGACGGUACUGUUCGGUGCGGACGGACGCAUUGGUGAGGCGUGCAAGGAAGCACUGAACUGGUGCAUCGAGAAGGGUAUCGAAGGGCCGGACUGUCGGGUGGCGAACUAUCUGUACCCCGGGUGUAAGGUGCUGGCGGGUAACGAGGAAGCGUUACGCUUUCUCGAGGCGAACGCGAAACGGUUCAACAUACGGCGCAUCAAACGGCUACCGGUUAGUGGUGCCUUCCACACGGAGCUGAUGCAGCCGGCGGUGGAACCGUUUGCGGCGGCACUGAAGAAGAUCCGCAUCGAGGAUCCGAUCAUCAGCGUGCACUCGAACGUGGACGGGAAGUGUUACAAGAGCGCCGGGCACAUUGUGGGCCAGCUGCCGAAGCAGAUCGUGCGGCCGGUCAAGUGGGAGCAAACGUUGCACAUCAUGUACGAGCGGAAGCAGGGCGAACACUUCCCACGGACGUUUGAGUGUGGACCGGGGCGGGGGUUGAAAGCGAUCCUGAAGCAGGUCAAUGCGAAGGCUUGGGACACGACGCUGAAUGUGGAGGCGUAAUCGGAGGCAACUCGAUUGGGUGGGGAUUGGAGUAGAGUUUAGGUUGAUAGUGAAAUAAAAAGGUGUACAAAAUCA